AUGGAGUGUUAUGUCUGUAGAAACCAAGAGGGCAAUAAAGACAAAUGCAUUAAAACUACUAUGCAAUGUCUAGAGGACGAACACUCGUGUAUAACAAAUAUCUCAUACACAAUUCCACCAUACUGGUCACCUAUGGGUGAUCGUACUCAUUUCUUAUGGAAAGCGUGUAUUUCAACAGAAGAAUGUGAAAGACAAAAGAAGAUUGCUGGGAAAACUUGUCAACGUGAAUGGUAUAUGGACUGGAGAUGUGUAGAAUGUUGUCAAGGGGAAUUAUGCAAUUAUUACGCAACAUUAUCAGCGUAUCGAUCAGGUUUGAAUAAGCAUUUGAUCAAUUUCUUCAUAAUACCCUUCAUUAUGAUUUAUCGUUUGUUUUAA